AUGGCGGCGAUAUCCACAAAGGUCGGCCACAGCCUCGCAAAGGUCUUCGGUAUUGACCUACAUUACCGAAACGAGACCGGUUCGGAACGCGUCACACGAGGAGAGAGCGUAUUCUCUAUCGAUGCAGCAGACUCAUACGUCGAGUAUGAGCCCACUGCCCGGGAGUGGCUUCACGAUGUGAUACCCAAUAGCCACGAAAUGGCCGAGUACCUCUAUAGCCUCUUCCCGUUCGUUCAUUGGAUCACCCGCUAUAAUCUUCAGUGGUUCCUUGGAGACCUUGUUGCUGGUAUAACUGUUGGCGCCGUCGUCGUGCCCCAGUCCAUGGCUUAUGCCAAGUUGGCCGAGCUUCCCGUCGAAUUUGGUCUCUACUCCUCCUUCAUGGGAGUCCUCAUCUACUGGUUCUUCGCUACUUCCAAGGACAUCACCAUCGGCCCAGUCGCAGUCCUCUCUGCAGUCACCGGUAGUGUUGUUUUGAAAGCAGAAGCGAAGCUCAAGGGCCAAGGCAUAACGAAAGAUGUCAUUGCUUCCUCGUUGGCCAUUGUCUGUGGCGCAAUCGUCCUUUUCCUAGGCCUCAUUCGACUUGGAUGGAUCGUGGAUCUCAUCUCGCUCCCCGCCAUCUCAGCCUUCAUGACGGGUUCUGCAAUCAACAUCGGAGUUGGUCAGAUUCCAUCAAUGAUGGGCAUUACCGGCUUCUCGACGCGCGAAUCGACUUACAAGGUCAUCAUCAACAUUCUGAAACAUCUUGGACGCACAAACCUCAACGCCGCUUUUGGCUUGACGUCCCUCUUUCUUCUCUACUUCAUCCGUUUCACGUGCAACUUUUGCGCAAAACGCUUUCCCUCAAAGGCGAAGCUCUUUUUCUUCUUGAACACUUUGCGGACAGCCUUCGUCAUCUUGCUCUAUGUUUUGUUCAGCUACCUGGUCAAUCGACACCACAGAAAGAAGCCAAAGGUCACUACUCUUGGUAGCGUUCCACGAGGUUUCAAGCAUGCGCGCGUUCCGCACAUUACAGUACCCAUCAUCCAGUCGUUUGCGACCGAAUUGCCGUCGACCAUCAUCGUUCUUCUGAUCGAGCACAUUUCCAUCUCGAAGUCUUUCGGUCGAGUUAACAACUAUGUCAUCAAUCCAUCUCAGGAGCUGGUCGCUCUUGGUGUAUCCAACUGCCUUGGCCCGUUCCUUGGAGCUUAUCCUGCGACUGGCUCUUUCUCACGAACAGCUAUCAAGUCCAAGGCUGGCGUGCGCACUCCUUUCGCUGGUGUUAUCACCGCUAUCGUGGUGCUUCUCGCUAUCUACGCCCUCCCAGCCAUGUUUUGGUAUAUCCCGAAUGCGACCCUUUCGGCUGUUAUUAUCCACGCUGUGGGUGAUUUGAUCACCCCGCCCAACACUGUUUACCAGUUCUGGAGGAUCUCGCCGCUGGAGGUAUUCAUCUUCUUCGCUGGUGUCAUAGUCACAAUUUUCACUACUAUCGAAUUCGGCAUCUACGUCACAGUUUCUGUGUCAGCAGCUCUGUUCGCCUUUCGCGCGUUCAAGGCUAAAGGACGCUUCAUGGGCAAAGCCAAAAUUCACUCCGUGGUUGGCGACCAUCUUCUGGACCCAGCAGUGGAUGGCAAAAGGGAGCCUGGCGCUCGAAAGACUCCGUCUGAAGGUGAAGAUUCAGUUCGCGAAAUCUUCUUACCUAUCGAUCAUAAAGACGGUUCAAACCCAUCCAUUCAAUUAGAAGACCCUUAUCCUGGUAUCUUCAUCUACCGAUUCAGCGAAGGCUUCAACUACCCGAACGCCAACCACUACCUCGAUCAGUUGACAACAACCAUUUUCAAGAAGACACGUCGUACAAAUCCUUCAAGUUAUGCCAGACUUGGUGAUCGCCCAUGGAACGACCCAGGCCCACGCCCUGGCAAGGAAGCCGAUGACCACGACGGUCGACCAACCCUCAAAGCCAUCAUCCUUGACCUUUCUUCCGUUAACAACGUCGAUCUUACUUCGGUCCAGAACUUGAUCGAUGUUCGCAACCAGCUCGACAAGUACGCCGCGCCCGAUACCGUCGACUGGCACUUCUGCAACAUCAACAACCGCUGGACCAAGCGCGCCCUCGCUGCCGCAGGAUUCGGAUACUAUACCCCAGAUAUGCCAGAUAACGGCAUCUCGCACCGCUGGAAACCCAUCUUCAGCGUCGCCGAGAUCGGUGGCAGUCACUCCGCCGCCGCUGAGGCGGAAGCCCGUGAGAACCGCAGAGCACAGCGCACGCUUUCGCAAGUGAGGAGUCAGGAUAUCGAGGCUGCACCAUACUCGGAGGGCUCGUCUGACUCGGAUAGCUUGAAUAAACAGCUGGAGCACAGCAAGGCGUAUGGCGUUGGUGCGCAAGGGGUGCGGAAUAGUAAUAGUAAGAUUGCUGUCGUGCAAGGAUUGAACAGGCCGCUGUUCCAUGUUGAUGUUACUGCUGCGCUCAACAGUGCGCUUGCUAAUGCGCAAAGGAAGAGCCAUUAG